CAAGUCUUCCUUCCUUUUCCCAAAGUCCCACCCACCCAAAUUGCUCCCUACCUCCGUCGCCCUCACCGUCGCGGCUUCGAUCAUGAGCGUCGCCGGCGAGUCACCGUCGCCGUCCCUGUCUUCCCUCAGCGAAGGCGACGAAUUCGCUGACAUCCUGGACGCGGAGCUCGAGCUCGCCUCUGCCGCUGACUCCGCCUCCCGUGGCGAGCCCCCUGGGUCACCCAGCGACGACGAAGCGGAGGAGGGGGAGAAGGAGGAUUUGGUGGUCGAACUAGAUGCCGUAGGGCAGGGAAGGUACCCCGCCCCCGCCUUGUACCCAAAUCGUUGAGCCUGUCAGCUUCGGCUCAUUCAGCUCCCGUGAAACUGCAGCACAUCUAAACAACAAUGGAAAUGACGUUGUUCAGUUUUGUUAACACCAAACAGGCCUAGUCUGUAUUUGUGGAUGAAGGACUGAAUCUGGCUACUGUCAACUGCACUAAAUGUGCAGCCACAAAAGGUGUAGAGUGGAGGAACAGCACCAAGAUCAAGGAACAGCAACAAGGCCUGAAGAAGAUGCCAUUGCAGGCUCAGUUAAAGAUGCUCAAAUCAAGACAUGUCCUCCACAUACUGGAUUUAUUGGUGGACUUUGCUUUACAUGCGGGAAAAACCAAGACGAAGAAGAUUUUACAGGAGUCCCUUUUGGUUACAUCUCUGAGGGUUUGAGGCUAAGUACUUUAGAAAUGGACAGGCUAAGUGGAUCUGAAGUGAAGAAUCUGUUGCGUGAAAGAAAACUGGUGCUUAUUUUAGAUUUGGAUCAUACAUUGAUUAACUCAACCAGCCUCCAUGAUAUUUCUGCUGCUGAGAUGGACCUGGGAAUUCAAUAUGCUGCAUCAAAAAAUGAUCCAAACAUAAGUUUGUUCACCUUACAAGGGAUGCAUAUGCUUACAAAGUUGAGACCCUUUGUCCGUAAAUUUUUGGAAGAAGCAAGCAAUAUGUUUAGGAUGUAUAUCUACACCAUGGGUGACAAGGCUUAUGCAAUCGAAAUAGCAAAGCUUCUUGACCCUGGCAAUGUCUAUUUUGAUUCAAAAGUGAUCUCUAACUCUGACUGCACUCAGCAGCACCAGAAAGGUCUUGAUGUGGUUCUUGGAGCUGACAGUCUUGCAGUGAUUCUUGAUGACACAAAGAAGGUCUGGCAGAAGCAUAAAGAAAACCUGAUUUUGAUGGAACGAUAUCAUUAUUUCGCUGCGAGCUGUCGCCAUAGCGGCCAAUCUUUGUCAGAGUUGAUGCAGGAUGAAAGGGAGAGCGAUGGUGCUCUAGCUACAAUUUUGGAUGUCCUGAAGCGCAUACACACGAUUUUCUUUGACUUGGGUGUUGAAACUGCUCUUUCUUCUCGAGACGUAAGACCGGUAAUCAAGAGGGUGCGGCAGGAAGUACUGCAGGGCUGCAAGCUGGUCUUCAGUCGAGUGUUCCCGUCCGAUUGCCGGCCGCAGCAUCAGAUAAUGUGGAAGAUGGCCGAGCAGCUGGGCGCCGUUUGCUGCUCGGAGGUGGAUCCCAGCGUUACGCAUGUGGUCGCCGUGCAUGCCGGAACGGAGAAGGCCCGCUGGGCUGUUAAACACAAGACAUUUUUGCUCCACCCCCGCUGGAUCGAGGCCUGCAAUUAUGGUUGGCACCGCCAGCCGGAGGAAGAUUUCCCUGUACCUGGCCUCAAGGAGGACAAGGGCAAGGAAAAAGUUGCAGAGAAUGUCCACCUGUAACUGAGUAUAACUCACUCAUGUAGAUGAGAGUAUACGCAGUUGAUUAACUGAGAGGUCUUGAUUAACUACAAGUUCGCAACCGUGAUCCUUGUUAAAUGUAGGGUUUUGACACCCAUAAUGGGUGUGGCUAUCUCAUAUAUAUAAGGGGUACACAAAGGUGUACGGUACAA